AUGUAUCCCCCUUGUAAAAAGAAAAAACUUAAUAAUAACGAGGUAACAAAUAUUUUUUUAAAAAAUGAAAAUAACAUGAGUGUUCAUAAUAUUUCCAUGAAUGCUGUUUUAUGUUCCUCAUUAAACCUAGAUAAUAUUUAUAAAUAUUUUUCAAAUUGUAUAUAUAACCCUAGAGAAUUUAAAUGUAUGAGAAUUGAUGUCCCCGUCACUUUAAGUACAGUACAAAAAUAUAUAAAAUAUUUGAAUAAUAAAAAGGAAAAACAAAAUGAUGAUAUAUGUAAAAUGAAAAAUGAACAAGUCAAUCAAACAAAACAUUCUAAUAAUAAUAUUAAAGAAGAGAUUAAAACCAAUGGAAGUAAUAAAUUAAGUGAUAAUAAACUAUUAGAUAGUAGUAACAAUUCAUCGAGUAAUAAAAUAUUAACAAAUAAUAAAUCACAUGAAAAUCUAAUAAAUAUAUCUAAAAAUAAUUCAUAUUUAGAUGAUAAUGUAAAUAAGAAUAAUUUUUUUAUAAAUGAUAAUAAUAGUGAUAAUAAAAAGAUAGAUACUUCUGAUAUUAAAAACAUGGAUCCUUUUAUUGAAUCUGAACAUAUAAUAAAUAAAAAAUUAAUUAUUAAUGUUUCCAUUUUUUCAAAUGGAAAAAUUAUAUGUACAGGUAAUAACUCAAUAGAAGCUUGUAAAAUUGCUAUGAAAAAAAUUGAAAAGAAAUUAAAACAAUUAAAUUUUAAAAAUAUUAAAUUAAAAAAAAUAACUAUUACAAAUAUUUUGGCUGUAUAUAAUGUGGGAUUUUCUAUAGUCUUGCCGCUAUUUGCUCAAUAUUAUAAAAGUGUGGAUUAUGAUCCAAAUGUAUUUCCAGCGUGCAAAGUAAAAAUUGCUCUUAUGAAUGAUGAGAAUAAGUCUAAUGACAAUAAGGAGCAGAAUGAUAAUAAUUUUGCUUGGUGUAAUGCUAAAAACACAAUAGACAAGGAUAAAAGCAAAGUGGACAUUGUUUCUGCUAGUAUUUUUUCAACAGGUAAUAUAACAUUAACUGGGGGGAAAAGUUACGAAAACCUUCAAAAAUGUAUAAAUAUAUUAUUACCAUAUUUAAUUAAAAGUAAAUCGCAACAUUAA